AUGAAAGUGAUAUUUUGGAAUUGUCAGGGUCUUGGGACAACAUUAACACGAAAACAAGUAGAACCUGUGGGUACUGCAGGAGGAUUUUUGUUAUUUUGGCAUGACCGUAUACAACUACAUAUUCAGUACUACUCCUCCUUUAUGGUUGUUUGUACAGUAACUGAUUCUACUACUAUCAAGUUUGAUGUACUUUUUUGCCACUUGCAUAGUUCCCCUAGGAUUUUAGGCUCCCAACUUGAAACUUUGUUAACUAUUAAAAGGCUGUUAAUGCCUUCUUUUGUCAUCAUGGGGGAUUUUAAUGCAAUUCUCCAUCCUUCUGAAAAGGAGGGUGGAGUUCCUUACUUGUCUCGAUCUUUUACUUUAUUUUCUCAGUUUGUUUCGCAAAUGACAUUACAUGAUCUGGGAUAUAUGGGGUUUCCUUUCACAUGGAGUAAUAAACGUGCCUUUCCACUCUUAAUUCGAGAAAGAUUGGAUAGAGUUCUAGUUACUUCAACAUGGACUGCUAAUUACAAUACGGCUUCUGUUCAUCAUUUACCAUUAAUUGGUUCAGACCAUGCUCUCAUUCUACUUAAUACCACAUCUACUUCAAAUCCUACACAUACUCACUUUUAUUUUGACAAGCGAUGGGGAUCAGUGGAUGAGAUUUUCAAUAAACUAAAAGGUGUUCGACGAAGUUUAAAAUCAUGGAAAUUGGGUUCUACUACAAAUUCCCAUAAACGUAUCAUUUAUCUCCGUCGAGAAUUAGAACUAGCUCAGCAACAAACCGCAUCGAAUACUCAAUGGCCUUACAUUAAGAGCUUAGAAUCUGAAUUAGUUAAGGCACAGAUUCAAGAAGAAGCUUAUUGGGAACCGGAAUUGGUCAAGCUUAUUACUGCUUAUUUUGAGGAAUUAUAUCAGACUUCCUUCCCUUCCAAUAUUGAUCAGGUUCUUCAUUCUUUUCCAGCUAAGGUUACUCCUAAUAUGAAUAGUGUUUUAACUGCUACAGUUGAUGCAAUUGAAAUACAAAAAGCAGUUUUUUCAAUACAUCCUUAUAAAUCUCCUGGUUCAGACGGCUUCACUGCAUUUUUUUACCAACAAUACUGGGAUAUAGUAGGUCCAUCAGUCAUUCUAGCAGUUCAGGAUUUUUUUCAAUCGGGAUGUAUGCUAAGGGGUUUUAACCAUACUUCUAUUACUCUCAUACCUAAAAUACCAAUACCCCUUCAUGUUUCCGAUCUACGACCUAUUAGUCUGUGCUCGAUUUUUUAUAAAAUAAUAUCUAAAGUUCUCACUAAUAGAUUACAGCAAUUUCUGCCUAUUUUACUUCCACACUCGCAGAAUUCUUUCAUAAAAGGACGGUCAAUAGCUGAUAAUAUACUGGUGGUACACGAAUUAUUUCAUUAUAUGCAGCAUCAAACAGCGAUGAGAAAUCCUUUUAUGGCACUUAAAUUGGACAUUAGUAAGGCAUACGACAGAUUAGAAUGA